CAGCCCCUGCCGGCCACCAGCUGGGUCAGAACCUAAUCCCAAAGCAUCGCUAUUCUGGCACCUCCUGGAGCGCCGCCUCCAUCUUAGCGGUGCGGAGCCUGAAACCGGGGUCUGGGAGGACGGAGAAUGUCUGGGAUCACAGCCGGUCAGGGUGUGCAGGGCCGAGCGGGCACCCAAGGGCUCCACGGUGCCUACGUCUCUAACAGGGAAGCUGAGGCAGAAGAGCCGAGCACACCCUCGAGGUGUGAGGUCUGAGGUUUGGGUUCCAUUCCAGCUCUGCCAGUGACCUUGGGCGAAAUCGCGAGUUUCCCCGGGGCUUCAGUUUACGAAUCUGUACUAUGGGAUAAUUGGUCUCGCUCUGCCCCGUUAAGUGGGCGGAGUUCGCGCACGCUCGGCAGAGCGGCCAGGGGCGAGGUAUCGGCUGUGUAUAUGGAUGCUUGCUCCUGCGUGCUGAGGUCCUCCCGGCCUCUACCUGGGAGUAUCCCCUCUCGCCGCUUGCGGGGCGCCUGCCGGGACCCUGGGCGCAGGGGAGCCCCCUCCGGGUGCGUUCCCCAGGCCCGCCAGGGAGGGGGCGGCGGCCGAGAGAACGAGGAGAGAGUCCGGGCCGCGGCAGCUCCUGCCUGCCUGACCCUCGAGGGGGUCGCUGUUGCCUCGCAGAUCCCUCCCUCUCUCGCUGCCUGUGUCCCUCCCUGCCGCUCCCGCCGCGUCCGCCUUUUGUUCGCGGAGCCGCGCGCACCCGAGCCGAGGCGGCGGGGCGGGGAGCUGGCGGGGCUGCGCGGGGGGCGGGCCGCGCCGGGCGGAGCCGGGGCCGGAGCAGCCUCGGGACUCGGAGCCCGAGGGAACGAUCGGCGCGCAGGCAGCCGGGGCCCGGGUGCGCUCCGAGGGCGCGGCGAGGCCGAAGGGGCGGGCACCGGGCGGAGCCGCAGCCGGAGCCGGGGCGCCUGGAGGCGAGCGGGCCGCUCUCUCCGAGCUCAGAGCAGUGGAGAGACCAUUCGACGAGGGCCGGGGCCUGAGCGCAGUGUUGGGGCUGAGGUGGGCCGGGAGGGACCGCGGCCCGAGUGCCUGGAGCGGCACCCGGACCCUCCCCAGGGGUGCGGAGGCCGGGCGGGCCCGGGCCAUGCACGCGGCUCUCUGAGGCCAAGGGAGGCCGAGAUGGAGGCGCCGGCGGGGGAGUCCCCGGCCCGGGGCUGCGGCCCCCCGCCUGCGCCCACCCCAGAGAGGAAGAAGAGCCACCGCGCGCCGUCUCCGGCCCGGCCCAAGGACGUGGCUGGCUGGUCAUUGGCUAAGGGCCGCCGCUGCCCAGGCCCGGGCGCUGCAGCCGCCUGCAGCGCCGCGUCCUCCGCGCGACCCGACAAGAAGGGGCGCACCGUGGCGCCCGGGACGCGGGGUUCAGGGACGCGGGUCGCGGGGGUCCGCACUGGAGUUCGUGCCAAGGGUCGUCCGCGCCCGGGUACCGGGCCGAGACCGCCUCCACCGCCCCCGAGCCUCACCGACAGCAGCUCGGAGGUAUCCGACUGUGCGUCGGAGGAGGCACGCCUGCUGGGCCUGGAGCUGGCUUUGAGCAGCGACGCCGAGUCGGCGGUUGGGGGCCAGACGGGGGCCCGCACCGGGCAGCCGCCCCAGCCCGCGCCUCCCGCACAGCAGCCUCCGCGGCCGCCCGCCUCCCCAGAUGAGCCGUCGAUGGCCGCGUCGUCGGUGGGCAGCAGCCGCCUGCCACUGAGUGCCUCACUCGCCUUCUCCGACCUCACCGAGGAGAUGCUAGACUGCGGGCCUGGCGGCUUCGUGCGAGAGCUGGAGGAGCUGCGCUCGGAGAACGACUAUCUCAAGGACGAGAUCGAGGAGCUGCGGGCGGAGAUGCUGGAGAUGCGGGACGUCUACAUGGAGGAGGACGUGUACCAGCUGCAGGAGCUGCGCCAGCAGCUGGACCAGGCCAGCAAGACCUGCCGCAUCCUGCAGUACCGGCUGCGCAAGGCCGAGCGCCGCAGCCUCCGUGCCGCGCAGACUGGCCAGGUGGACGGCGAGCUCAUCCGAGGCCUGGAGCAGGACGUCAAGGUCUCUAAGGACAUCUCCGUGCGGCUGCAUAAGGAGCUCGAGGUGGUGGAGCAGAAACGGGCGCGCCUGGAGGAGGAGAACGAGGAGCUGCGGCAGCGGCUCAUCGAGACCGAGCUGGCUAAGCAGGUGCUGCAGACGGAGCUGGAGCGGCCCAGAGAGCAUUCCUUGAAGAAAAGAGGGACCCGUUCCCUGGGGAAGACGGACAAGAAGCCUUUGGUGCAGGAGGACAGCGCAGAUUUGAAGUGCCAGCUGCACUUUGCGAAGGAGGAGUCGGCCCUCAUGUGCAAGAAGCUCACCAAGCUGGUCAAGGAGAACGACAGCAUGAAGGAGGAGCUGCUCAAGUACCGCUCCCUCUACGGUGAUCUGGACAGCGCCCUGUCGGUGGAGGAGCUGGCCGAUGCGCCCCACUCGCGGGAGACCGAGCUGAAGGUGCACCUGAAGCUGGUGGAGGAAGAGGCCAACCUGCUGAGCCGCCGCAUCGUGGAGCUGGAGGUGGAGAACCGCGGCUUGCGGGCCGAGAUGGAUGACAUGAAGGAUCACGGGGGCAGUGGUGGGGGCCCGGAGGCGCGCCUGGCCUUCUCCGCGCUGGGUGGCAGCGAGUGUGGGGAGAGCCUGGCGGAGCUGCGGCGACACCUGCAGUUCGUGGAGGAGGAGGCGGAGCUGCUGCGGCGCUCCUCGGCCGAACUCGAGGACCAGAACAAGCUGCUGCUGACCGAGCUGGCCAAGUACCGUUCAGAGCAUGAGCUGGAUGUGACCCUGUCGGAGGACAGCUGCUCGGUGCUCAGCGAGCCCUCGCAGGAGGAGCUGGCGGCCGCCAAGCUGCAGAUCGGUGAGCUCAGUGGGAAGGUCAAGAAGCUCCAGUAUGAGAAUCGUGUGCUCCUGUCCAACCUCCAGCGCUGCGAUCUUGCCUCCUGCCAGAGAACGCGGCCCAUGCUGGAGACGGACGCCGAGGCGGGGGACUCAGCCCAGUGUGUGCCCGCUGCCCUCGGCGAGCCCCAUGGCCCCCAUGCCACCCGGCUCUGCAGGGCCAGGGAGGCCGACGCGUUGCCUGGUCUCAGGGAGCAGGCUGCCCUGGUCAGCAAGGCCAUCGACGUCCUGGUGGCCGAUGCUAAUGGCUUCUCGGCCGGCCUCCGCCUGUAUCUGGACAAUGAGUGUGCCGACUUCCGGCUGCACGAGGCCCCGGACAACAGCGAGGGCCCCAGGGACACCAAGCUCAUCCACGCCAUCCUGGUUCGGCUGAGCAUGCUCCAGCAGGAGCUCAACGCCUUCACGCGGAAGGCAGACGCAGCCCUCGGGAGUUCUGCCAAGGAGCCGCCAGAGCCCUUCUCGUCGCUGACCCCCCUGGGCUCCCAGGGGCCCUCCAAGGAGAUUCUUCUGGCCAAAGACCUGGGCUCAGACUUCCAGCCCGACUUCAGGGACCUGCCGGAGUGGGAGCCCCGGAUCCGAGAGGCCUUCCGCACGGGCGACCUGGACUCCAAGCCCGACCCCAGCCGGAGCUUCAGGCCUUACCGAGCUGAGGACAACGAUUCCUACGCCUCUGAGAUCAAGGAGCUGCAGCUGGUGCUGGCUGAGGCCCACGACAGCCUCCGGGGCCUGCAGGAGCAGCUCUCCCAGGAGCGGCAGCUGCGGAAGGAGGAGGCCGACAGCUUCAACCAGAAAAUGGUCCAGCUGAAGGAGGACCAGCAGAGGGCGCUCCUGAGGCGCGAGUUCGAGCUGCAGAGCCUGAGUCUCCAGCGCAGGCUGGAGCAGAAAUUCUGGAGCCAGGAGAAGAACAUGCUGGUGCAGGAGUCCCAGCAGUUCAAGCACAACUUCCUGCUACUCUUCAUGAAGCUCAGGUGGUUCCUCAAGCGCUGGCGGCAGGGCAAGGUUUUGCCCAACGAGGGGGAUGACUUCCUUGAGGUAAAUAGCAUGAAGGAGCUGUACCUGCUGAUGGAGGAAGAGGAACUAAAUGCCCAGCAUUCUGACAAUAAGACCUGCGCGGGGGAUAGCUGGACCCAGAACACGCCCAAUGAAUACAUUAAGACGCUGGCCGACAUGAAGGUGACGCUCAAGGAGCUGUGCUGGCUGCUCCGGGAUGAACACCGUGGUCUGACUGAGCUUCAGCAGCAGUUUGCCAAAGCCAAGGCCACCUGGGAGAUGGAGCGGGCAGAGCUCAAAAGCCAUACCACCCAGAUCGAGCUGAAGGCUGGGAAGGGUGCUGGGGAGCGGGCAGGGCCCGACUGGAAGGCCGCCCUGCAGAGGGAGCGGGAGGAGCAGCAGCACCUCCUGGCUGAGUCCUACAGAGCUGUCAUGGAGCUGACGCGGCAGCUACAGAUCAGCGAGCGCAACUGGAGCCAGGAGAAGCUGCAGCUGGUGGAGCGGCUUCAGGGUGAGAAGCAGCAGGUGGAGCAGCAGGUAAAGGAACUGCAGAACCGCCUGAGCCAGCUGCAGAAGGCUGCUGACCCCUGGGUCCUGAAGCACUCGGACUUGGAGAAGCAGGACAACAGCUGGAAAGAGACCCGCAAUGAAAAGAUCCACGACAAGGAGGCCGUUUCUGAAGCCGAGCUCGGGGGAACCGGCUUAAAGAGGACCAAAUCUGUUUCCUCCAUGUCUGAGUUUGAAAGUUUGCUGGACUGCUCCCCCUACCUUGCCAGCGAAGCCCCCCGGGGCAAGAAGCUGCCCAACAACCCUGCCUUUGCCUUUGUGGGCACCCAGCCGGUGGACGCAGAAAAGGAUGCCCAGGCACAGCCACGGGACUGCAGCCGCCUGGGUGCCCUGGGCUGCCAGGACCCUGCAGGGAGGCAGAUGCAGCGCAGCUACACGGCUCCGGACAAGACAGGCAUCCGUGUGUACUACAGCCCCCCAGUGGCCCGGCGCCUGGGUGUCCCCGUGGUCCACGAUAGGGAGGGCAAGAUCAUCAUCGAGCCUGGCUUCCUUUUCACCACCGCCAAGCCCAAAGAGUCCGCGGAGGCCAACGGGCUGGCGGAGAGUUCCUAUGGUCGGUGGCUGUGCAACUUCUCCCGGCAGCGCCUGGACGGAGGCUCGGGGGGCAGCCCCUCAGCGGCCGGGCCCGGCUUCCCAGCAGCCCUGCACAACCUGGAGAUGUCGGGCAACAUGAGCGACGACAUGAAGGAGAUCACCAACUGUGUGCGCCAGGCCAUGCGCUCGGGUUCGCUGGAGAGAAAAGUGAAGAGCACGUCCAGCCAGACGGUGGGCCUGGCCAGCGUGGGCACGCAGACCACCCGCAUGGUCAGCGUGGGCCUGCAGACCGACCCGCCUCGCAGCAGCCUCCACGGCAAGAGCUGGUCACCCCGCAGCUCCUCGCUCGUGUCGGUGCGCAGCAAGCAGAUCUCUUCCUCCCUGGACAAGGUGCACUCGCGCAUCGAGCGGCCGUGCUGCUCCCCCAAGUACGGCUCCCCAAAGCUCCAGAGGCGGUCCGUGUCCAAGCUGGACGGCGCCAAGGACCGCAGCCUGUGGAACCUGCACCAGGGCAAGCAGAACGGCUCGGCUUGGGCCCGCUCCACCACCACGCGGGACAGCCCCGUGUUGAGGAACAUCAAUGACGGGCUGUCCAGCCUCUUCAGCGUGGUGGAGCACUCGGGGAGCACGGAGUCCGUCUGGAAGCUGGGCGUGUCCGAGGCCCGCGCCAAGCCCGAGCCGCCGCGCUACGGCCUGGUGCAGGAGUUCUUCCGCAACGUGUGCGGCCGGGCCCCGAGCCCCACCUCGGCGGCCGGGGAGGACAGCGCCAAGAAGCCGGAGCCCCUCUCCCCAGCCAGCUACCAUCAGUCGGAGGGCAUGGCCAGGAUCCUGAACAAGAAGGCAGCCAAGUCAGGCAGCAGCGAGGAGGCCAGACUCUCCGUGCCCCCGGGGAAAGAUGGUGUUCUCCGGGACGCCGACGGGACUCCAGUCCUUCCCAGUGAGGAAGCCGUUUGUGACUGUAGCACCCAGUCUCUCACCUCCUGCUUCGCCCGGUCAUCCCGCUCUGCCGUUCGCCAUUCUCCUUCCAAGUGCAGGCUGCACCCUUCAGAAUCCAGCUGGGGUGGAGAGGAGAAGGCAGCCCCUCCCAGCGAGUGACAGCGGCUGAGCUCCUGGCCUCGGCCAGCCCAGUCUAUGAAUAGCCGAAGGGAACCAGCAGAGAGGGGGGUCGUGCCCUCUGCAUCACCUCGCCGUGGGGGACAGCAGCUGCACCAUGGCCAGAGAACAGCUUUCCCAUCCCCAGGUAAAGUGGGGUCUCCUGCUGACCCCCGAGUGGCCAUUUCUGACUCCCCAGGGGAAGGCAGUGAGUGGGAGAAAGACCAAAACUGCUUCGAAGUGUUGGCAGAGAUCCACUGGGGGCUGAUCCCUGGGUCCUAAAGGAAAGUCUUGCCUGGUUCUACCCACACCCACCUCUCAAAAGAGCCCAGGAAUGGAUCCACUUCUGGCCACGACCCUCAGGGAAAGGGCUCACGGAGAUGUUCCGUGCCAACCACACCCCCUCCAUGGGAAGGCAACACCGGAAGAACAGGCUUUGCCGUAGGACUCAGCUCGGGGCUCCUGGUGGAGCUGGGCUGGGCAUGACACCCCUCCUUUCCUUCCCUCCACCGCCUCUGCCUCCCAGCCUGACUGCUUUGGAUUGCUGUUACUCUGGGGGGUAUGAUAGGGCAGUAGCCAGGGCCAAGUACCUGCUUGGAGUCAUGGUGCCCUGGAUCUCCCUGCUAAGAGCCUGGGUGCAGCAAGGACUGGAAGACAAGGUGGGAACCAACGUGUGGGGCUCGGGGUCGGAGAGCCACCGGAACAGACUCCCUUGCCAAGUGACAACCUUCCCAGGAGAUUCCUAGAGGACAGAAAUAGGUAGAGUCACUCUGAAGACCUGGUGCACAGAGAAAUGCCUAAACGCUCACUGCCUUGAUGCUGGGGCAGCUUUUCCCAGCACCCUGCGGGGCACCACAUCUCCACUCUGUUUACAUCCUAUGGCUGGUGGAGGGCACCGAUCCCCCCAGUGAGAGACGCCCAGUGUCCGGGUCAGGCCGAGGAACACUCCAAGCGGCUGGUGCCCCGGGACGUAGCGGUAGGCUGGGGCCUGGAAAUACAUUUCUUGCCUAGGUUGUUUAUUUGAAUUUUUCUUACUAUAAAUAUUUAAGGUGGUUUUACUUUAUUUUAAUAAUUUAAUUUACCCAAAGUCCCUACAGUAAUUUAUUGGAGGUUAAGGCAUGUGUUCUUGCCGCUGGGAUAAUGCAAGGCUUUGGACACAGUGGACAGGUGGGGGGCUCCCCACGUGGCUGAGCCAGCUCAGCAGCCACACUCGGGCUUCCUGGUCAGGUUUGGGUGCCCUCCUCCCGGCAAAGCUGGAGCCCUGCCUCUUGCUCCCCAGCAGCACUGACCGUUGGCCUCAGAGCGCUGCUUUUCCCUCCUCACCUGGUACUUGCCCUGCCCCCGGCAGUCGGUCUGUAAAUGCUCGCUGACCGGCUGGAGGGCUGGACCCACGCCGCCACUUCCCAAACGUUCUCCAUUUCCCUUCUCAUUUUCCUCCCCCCAUCAUCUGACACUUCCUUUUUUUAAUGAGUCAAACAUGGAUUACUAGGGUUCUACCAAGAGCAUGGAGAUCUCUCCAAGUUCCCCAAGUGAGAAUUUGCAGGAAAACAGGACUGAACUUCGAGAAUGUUGUUGAUUGCAGCUUUGCACGUGGAUCUGAGAGUGUCUGCCAGUCCCCCUCAGUUCUUGCCAGCCUGCCAGCCUUUCCACCAGCCUCUCCCCUUAGCCUUACGGCCUCUCACGGCUCUUCUCUCAGCCCCAACUCCACCGCCCACCCUUCCGCACAUCCCCUCGUGCGAGCUGCUCGAGCCAUUGGGUAGAUGGCCAUGUGGUUCGUUGCAGUUUGGCCGGGAGGCCUCAGGCGCCCUUCCCCUCGGUGCCAGUGAACCCGUUUUGGUUGAACACACACCCACACGCAUGCGGAGGUGCGGCCUGCUGUACCCUGCUGGGCACCCAGUGUGGAAACACCAGGAUGAAAUGGUUUGUCUGUGGAACUCUCCGUGAGGAAGACCCAGAGCCAGCCACUUGCCUAGUUUGCCCCCAGGACUCAGGAGAUGCCUCUCCACUCCCACCUGCUCCUAAUUUGGCCCUUUCAGGGUCACCUGGACCAGUUACCCAAAGUCCUUCAUCUCUGUUCCCUGUCAAUAGAACAUCAGGGUCACGUUCGACCAGCCACAUGGUGACUUGUGGGUACAGCAGGCAGGCCAGUGGAGCCAUGUGCCAGGGUCCUGCUGGGAUGCCAUCCUCCCACCCAAGAGGUCAAGGGGCCCCUCCAAGGUUAUCACCAGGUGAGGGGCCUCACAACAGGCCACACAAGCCAUCAGAGGCCUUCUGCCACCUACCCGAGCCACAGAGGGCCAGGGAGUCUGCACUCCCAGCCUUGGGGAGAAAUCCUCGUGAGACCUGAACUCUGCGGCCUGGGGCUCAGCCUUACCACCGUCGUCGUCCGGGAUCGUCCUUGCCGUCCUUGUCUCAGCGCCUGGCCACCCGGCCCCAGCCAGUGUCACAGGCUCCAGAGCUCGGUUCUUCGUGAAGUCCCAGUCUCUGCUUCCCGCAUGCCACCGUGCGAGGCCACUCACCACUCUUCCUGCAGAAGCCUCUGCACAAGGGGCUUGAUGGGGUGGGAAAUGUUGUAUGUAAAUAUUCGUUCGGUUUGAUUUUUAGCAUUUUAAUUAGUAACUGGUUGUGUUUUCUUUUGGGGGGCGGGAGGGUUGGUUUGUAAAAACUCUACUCUUUUGGAAUGUAAUUUCUGAGUUUGUUUUAAAUGCCUUUUCAGCCUUGUAACAUUCCCAAAGCAGAAAACUGCCUGACCCACAGUGGGGACUCCCUGGAACGUGGGGGUCCCAGGAAGGAAUGCUGCCCUUCUCCCUCUUCCCCUUCCGACUCCCCCUCCGCCUUUUUACUCCUCGCCCCUCCCUCUUCCUCCUCCUCCUCUCCUGUUGUACUCCCUCUUUUCCGCCAUCUCUUCUCUCUUCAACCAAAGUCCCAAGGAACCCUGGGGUCCUAAUCCCCUACAGAUUGCUCGGCUUGGGCCUGUGGUGUUGGCACCAAUCGGUCAGGGGUAGAUGGAAGACCACCUGGUGUGGUUGACCCUAAACCGGGCGACCUCAUGUUUCUUCUGUUAGACCUCUGUCAAGGCCAAAUUAGACCCUCCCCGGGGGCAGGGGCCCAUGAUGUCAGUGUUUGAAAUGGAAAUCCAAUUCGCCCCUUUGGCGAAUCGGUGGCUUUAGACCCUGUAUGCGCAAGGCUUCGGAAUCCAGUUCCAGUCCCCCGGCAGCCCCUGCCCCCACUUCUCUCCCCACCUUAGGCUGAUCAGUUUCAAAACACCUCCAAGAGGUCUUACUUUCUCUGAACUAAAAAUGGGCCGACCUCAUAGCUUCCCCGAAACACCCCUCUAGUGGCCGCUCUCCCAGGUGACAUAGUUGAAGGCCCCAAACUUGACCCUCUUACACCCUGACCCUGUGGCUCCAUCAUGCCUGCCCCCUGCACCUUCUACGGUUUCAUCACUGCACCUGUGUUCCUCUUGCCCACCCAACUUCCAGGCCCUUCCCCCUCUCCCUUCCUGUCCCGAAUGCCCCCCACCCCCAUCCAUCCUCACCAGCCCGCACCAAGCUCCCACUGCCUCUUCAUGAGUAAUAAUGGCCCCCUGCAUGCUCCGCCUAGAGCGUUUUCCUUUUUAGAAGUCACUCCCAUCCCACAUCUCUUCACACCUUUCCUGGACAACUCUGGGAGGCAGUGUUGGCAGGACAGGGUUUAGCAUUCCCAUUUUGCAGAUGAAGAAACUGGGAAACCCAUCCCAGCGUUAUCUAACUGGGAAAUCAUUGAGUCUGGAACCUGGAUCCCCCAGCCCAAACUCUGCCCUGCUUGCUGUGUGAACACACUACCCCACUGGGCAUUCUGUGUGGAUGCAGGACACCCAGACCCUGCCACUGCCCCACCCAGUCGUGAGAGCAGUCCACCCUGUGUUCCCGAGGGUGGUCUGAGAACCCCUUGCAUCAGAACCCUCUGAGGGCAUGUCCAAAAUGCAGCUUUCUGGGCCAGGAACUUAGGUGUUUAACAAACUCUCAGGGAGAACCUGAGCAGCAGCGGCCCCACUGCUUGUGUUCAGAGCCCUGGCCAGCAGGCCACCUUUCUUUUAGUCAGUAGCCGUGAUGCUAUAUCGUAAACAGCACUGUGCUGGGCAUUGGGGAACUAAUCCUCAGUCCAGCUCUGAUUUGGUCUGAUUGCCCUGAGAAUUUCCAAAAACCAUCAGAGGUAUAAUACAGCAGAAAUAGAAUCAUUUUAAAUGUUAAUAAGAUAGUAUCAACCAUCAAAAAGCACGAAGAGUUAUCAUUCCCCAAAUCUAUCUGAUGUUAUCCCAUAAUCAUGCAGUUAAACUUUACUCCUGAGUUUCCUGGCAUCCAUGGUGAAAAGAGAAACACGUCAGGUUCUGUAACUCUCCUCAUCCAGUCGUGGGAAGCAAGCAUUGCUCCAGGAGACAACCCUUACGCUACUCAUUUAGAGCAUGUGUCCUUCAGAGACCACUGACUAAGUCGACUGCUCUAUCAACAGGUGAACCUAAGGUACAAAGACGUUUUCCAGCUGACUCUUUUUAAAAAAAAUAACAAACUGCCACCAACUUGAAUGACCUUGGCCUCAGAUCAUGUGGCUACUCUAUGCCUCAGUUUCCCCAGUUAUAAAGUGGGGAGAAUGUCCUUCUACCUCGCAUGUCUGUGGUGAGGACCAAAUACGACGCUGUGCCUGCGAGUCUGCUUGGGAAAACGUCGGGUUCUACUCAAACGUGAAGUGGUCCGAUCCCACUCAUUGUCCCCCAGCCAGCCCCUCAGUGACCUGACCGGGGGGACACCCCCUCACUAGUCUCAGUGAAUGGGAAGUGGGCCGAAAGGUCAUCUGGACCAACUCCCUCACUUUUUAGAAAAAUUGUUGCAAAAUAUACAUAACAGAAAAUCUAGUAGCUGUUUUAAGGACACUCGCAGUGUUGUGAAACCAUGGCCCAUGUCCAUCUCCAGAACUUUUCCAUCAUCCCACCCUGGCACUAUAUCCACGAAACACUCCCCACCCCCCUACCCCAGCCCCUGGUAACUUCUGUUCUACUUUCUGUCUAUGAGUUUGCCUAUUCUGGGUACCUCCUCAUAAGUAGAAUUGGACGCUCUGUCAUUUUGUGUCAAACCUCACUUUUUCGGAUGAGGAAUCAGGCCCAGAGAAGACAAUGACUCGCCCAAGGUCACACAGCAAACCAGAGGAAGAGCCAGGACCAGAACCCAGGUUUUUGCAUCCCGAAUAGCGAUCGGGACACGACCCUGCCAUUCAGCAAUCUCGGCUGCGCCUCUUCCUCUAUCCAGGCUGUCUGCUCACUCCCCACCUCUCACCAUCCUCUCUUUUAUCACCUUCCUCAAAUCUUCCUUUUAUCCUGCCUCCUCUACUCUGCUGGUUCCCACCUGCAGGUCUGGGGGCCCUGACCAACGGGCAGGUUUUCCUCUUCUGGACCCUCAGCCCUCCCGGAAGGGCCUCCCUAGCAUGCUCCCCUCCCGUGGAUUUCCCUGUGCCCUCAGCAGCCCCCUUGCUGACCCCAGGCUCACAUUCCUGUCUUAUCGGGGAACUGCCCUUGGCUGUGGCCUCCCAGCUCUGAUGUUUGCUGUUCAGACCUGGGGGUAUUUCCAUGGGUUAGGUUUUAUUUCAUGUUUUCACACACUGAAGGGGACAUCUCUCCCCAAUGCCUCCGCCGGCAUUAGCCCUGCCAGCCCUUCUCAUUGGGCUUGGGCCCAGCCACCCCCCAGCCCAGAAAUGUCUCCAGUCCCAUCUUUGAGGCAUGUUCACCUCUGUUCAUGGCCUCCUGGAAGGACCCAGCACCUUCCACAGGGAGUGUGUGUGGUGGGGGUGCUUUGGACUCUCACUUCUGGUCUCCUCUGCCCUUCCCAGUCCUGCAUGGCUUUGAUUGAGGAGAUGCAGCCUGGCUUGGGUUUUUCUCUGCCUGGUCAUCUGUCCAUCUGUCUGUCCACUUGACAUCCCACCAUUCUCUCUGCUUUCCCUCGGGCCUCACCAGCCCCAGAACAGCUCUUCCUGUGAGGACCUGUAGCUGCCCCUGGCUCUGCCCCUUGCCCCUCGGCCCUCCCAACAGCAUCUGCAGUUUGCUAAGUCCACAGGUCAGGAACCAAAGGAGACAUGGUGCUGGGCCCGAGUGCCCUGCACAGGGCCCCUCCCCACUCCUCCCUCACACCUUGGACUGUCCUUUGUCUCUCCCAUUGACCUGCUCCUGUCCCUUCCUGCCCUCCACCAGCCCUCUGGACCCCAGGCCCCAAGUAAAGGAGCUUUCGUUUCCCUUAAGUAUCCUUGAAGGGCCAAGGGAUAAGGGCCUGGCUGCCUUGUCACACUGCAGUAUUGUAACACUGAAAUUGCUUCCAUGAUGAGAAACCUCAGCCAGGAGCCUGGAGACCUGGCCCAGGUCUGGGCAGACUUCCUAACUUCUCUGAGUUCAUGUGGUGGUGUCAUUUUAUGACGUGCACCAGGGUGAGCCCCAGGGCCCCAGGGCAUCCCUUGUGUUUCGGGAUGCUGCAUCACCAUCCUCUCUCCACUGCACCCUGGUCUCUCAGCUCUGCCCCUGAUCUCUGUGCCUUAUUUACUUCUCUGCACGGGGGGCUCACCACAAGACUGUUCCUAGCAGCUUCCCAGGUAUUUGGUGCCUCUCAGACUGGGCCUUGCCAGCUGCGGCCCAGCUCCCUGACACUACUGCCUUGGGGUGCCAGGUUGCUGAGGAUGAGGUACCUGGAGGUUCUCAAAGUAACUUCCUAGAAAUGCAAAGUAUUGGCACCACCCAAUACCUACGGAAUUCAAAAUUCUGGAGUGAGGCCCAGCAAGCUGGGGUUUAGCAAGCCCUCUGGAUAAUGCUGAUAAAAGGAUAGUUUGCCAGCUGCUGACCUGACUGAGACUGGCCCAGACCAGGAACAGACGGGAAGCACCAACCUCCAGACUCCCAAGAGACUGGGAACUCUCCCCACCUGCUCUUCUCCCACCACAAACCGGUUCUCUUCCUGGAAGCUGGAGGACAGAGAGAAGGCCUGCAUUUUUCCUUUUCUGCCCCUGGCUUGGUUCCAGCUCCGCUCACCUCUCGCACUUGUCUGAGUUUCACAAAAGGUUAUAUAGGCUGGUGCCAGCCAGGCAGGAGGUGGCAGUCCUGGAGGACAGGAGGAAAAACCCCGAUCAUUUGUCCCUUGGCAACCUCACCAUAGGUUCAUGGUCCCUCUUCAAACGGAAAGAAACCAAACUCAAGAAGAGAAUCCUAAAUCCCCAGCUCCUCCUCCUCCCACCUCCGCGGAGACCCUGUAGAUGUGCCAAAAAACAGCUCUGACCCCCAGCAACUGGGGUGAAGAGCCAGAAGCUGUCCUUCCUUUUUCAUCCUGCCCCUCCCAACCCCUGCCAGUACUGUGAAGUCCCCUUUCUGCCCAGCCUGGUUUCCUGGGGAGGGUCCCUGCAGUCGUGGGCCCAGGGAAAGGUCUUCAGGAGGGAAGGGACCAAGGGCAUCCUUGGGCCAAACUGUCUGCCUCUCCUAUCCAUUGUCCUCUCCUCCUCACUCCUUUCUCCAAAAGGCUCCUUCCCCGGCUGGAUUGGGUGCUAGGACGACUGUAGUCCGAUCCACUAGCUCUCCCUGCCCCCAUGUCUUCUUUCAGACAUGAGAAUAACUGUACAGUGUAAACUUCAAAGGGUUUUUAAUGGUUGUAGAUUGGAAAUAAAGUAUGUCAUAUGAACAGUU